CUCGUCGUUUGCACGGGCAGGAGGGGUAGUUGGACGAGAUGCACGCGGUGUGUCUCUUUUGGACGCUUCUUUUGGACCUGGGGUUUUCUGGACUGCAUGUGUCCGAGAGUCCACCGUAUCCUCUGGUGAAGAAGAGCGGAGCGACAACGCCAAGGCCCUAUAGCGGCGAGCGUAUCGAGCAUCUGCCAACGCCCUUGCAUUAUUGAUC